GGGGGCCGGGCCGGGCCGCCCCCCGUAGCCUGGUAACGGCGGCUCUGCGGGCGGGGGCGGCCCCGGCAGCCGCGGUCAGGUGGCACCGCCGAGACGGAGCCGGCCGAGCACGAUAAAAGUCCCGGCCCGCCGCCGCCACGGCCGCGAGGGAGCGCGGAGCCGCCGCCCGGGAGCCAUGCUCAGCGUUGGACACACUCUCUGAGCCAUCCCAGCCUCAGCAGCCCAGAGCACCGCGGUGCCGUCCGUGACUUAGAGCAGGACUUUUUACUAAGUUGACUAAGCAGUGGGAGCUCUCGCUGUCCUGCCGCCACCAGGCCAGACAAUCCCUCCCUUGGCUGCAGAUCCCCUUGGCUCUCUUCCCAUAAUGGAAGCCUGAGUGCCAAGAUCCUCCAUGACCUCCAGAAGCCACAACUCCCUGCCGAGAACUCUGAUGGCUCCGCGAAUGCUCUCCGAAGGUGCCCUGGGGGGCAUCGCCCAGAUCACGCCCUCGCUGUACCUGAGCCGGGGCAGCGUCGCCUCCAACCGGCACCUGCUGCUGUCCCGGGGCAUCACCUGCAUCAUCAACGCCACCAUCGAGAUCCCCAACUUCAACUGGCCCCAGUUUGAGUACGUGAAAGUGCCUUUGGCUGACAUGCCCAACGCCCCCAUCUCGCUGUACUUCGACAGCGUGGCCGACAAGAUCCACAGCGUGGCGCGGAAGCACGGCGCCACGCUGGUGCACUGCGCCGCCGGCGUCAGCAGGUCGGCCACGCUCUGCAUCGCCUUCCUCAUGAAGUACCACAAGGUCUCCCUCUUCGAGGCCUACAACUGGGUCAAGUCGCGGCGCCCCGUGAUCCGGCCCAACGUGGGCUUCUGGAGGCAGCUGAUAGACUACGAGAGGAAGCUCUUUGGGAAGACCACGGUUAAAAUGGUACAGACACCCUAUGGCAUCAUCCCAGACGUUUACGAGAGAGAGAGGAGACCCCUGAUGCCUUACUGGGGAAUUUAACGGGACUGCAGACGGGAAGCACAACAGAAGGGACGCGCUGUUCCUGGAGACGUUCCCUUCUCCUUCCACGGCCAACUUUGGUUCUUUACCAUACAGCAGAACCUCAGUUCUCACCUCACUAACCUGCAAGGCCAACGAUUCCCUUCAAAGCAUUUUUCUCAAUGGGGAUUUCCCAUCUGCAUCUCUGAUUUAGCAAAACCAAGUCUCAUUAUAAGUUUAUUCCUUC